GAUGAAGGUGGUGAACGAGGAGUGUCCCACCAUCACCCGCAUCUACAACAUCGGCAAGAGCUCGCGGGGCCUGAAGAUCUACGCCAUGGAGAUCUCCGACAACCCGGGUGAGCACGAGACGGGCGAGCCCGAGUUCAGGUACACGGCGGGGCUGCACGGGAACGAAGUGCUGGGCCGGGAGCUGCUGCUCCUGCUGAUGCAGUUCCUGUGCAAGGAGUACCAGGACGGCAACCCCCGGGUGCGGAGCCUGGUGACCGAAACCCGCAUCCACCUCGUGCCCUCCCUCAACCCCGAGCUGGUGCGCGAGGGUGGCUCCGAGCUGGGCAACUGGGCGCUGGGCCACUGGACGGAGGAGGGCUACGACCUCUUUGAGAACUUCCCCGACUUGGCUUCGGCGCUGUGGGCGGCCGAGGAGCGGAGGCUGGUGCCCCACAAGUUCCCCAACCACCACAUCCCCAUCCCAGAGCACUACCUGGCUGAGGAUGCCACGGUGGCGGUGGAGACGCGGGCCGUCAUGGCAUGGAUGGACAAGAACCCCUUCGUGCUGGGAGCCAACCUGCAGGGCGGGGAGAAGCUGGUGUCCUACCCCUUUGACACAGCCCGGCCCAUCAGCGAGGUGCCGGCAGCCGCCCCUCGCCCGCCGGACGACUACGAGGACGACAACCCCGAGCUGCAGGAGACGCCCGACCACGCCAUCUUCCGCUGGCUCGCCAUCUCCUACGCCUCGGCCCACCUCACCAUGACCGAGACCUUCCGCGGGGGCUGUCACACGCAGGACAUGACCAACGCCAUGGGCAUCGUGCAAGGGGCCAAGUGGCAUCCCCGGGCUGGCAGCAUGAACGACUUCAGCUACCUACACACCAACUGCCUGGAGCUCUCCAUCUACCUGGGCUGCGACAAGUUCCCCCACGAGAGUGAGCUGCAGCAGGAGUGGGAGAAGAACAAGGAGUCGCUGCUCACCUUCAUGGAGCAGGUCCAUCGGGGCAUCAAGGGCUUGGUGACGGACCAGCAGGGAGAACCCAUCGCCAACGCCACCAUCAUUGUGGGGGGCAUCAACCACAACAUCAAGACAGCCAGCGGCGGGGACUACUGGCGCAUCCUGAACCCGGGUGAGUACCGCGUCUCGGCUCGGGCCGAGGGCUACAACCCCAGCGUCAAGACCUGCAGCGUCUUCUACGACAUCGGGGCCACCCAGUGCAACUUCGUCCUGUCGCGCUCCAACUGGAAACGCAUCCGGGAGAUCAUGGCCAUGAACGGGAACCGGCCCAUCCGCCGCAUCACGCCCGGCCGCCCCAUGACACCCCGCGAACGCAUGCGCCUGCGUAUGCGCCUCCGGCACCGCAUGCGGCUCCGGCAACAGAUGAGGCUGCGGCGUCUCAAUGCCACCACGGCCGCCAGCGGCCCCACAGCCCCGCCGCCCACCACGGCCCUGCCCUUCCCCUUCAGCAGCACUGCCUACGUGCCCUGGAGCCAAGAGCCACCCACAGUCGGCACCUGGGAGACGGAGACCGAAACGGAGGUGGUGACUGAGCUGGUGACGGAGACAGAGGCCUGGGAGCUGGGCACGGGGACGGUGCAGCCCUUCACCACGGCCGAGACCUACACCGUGAACUUUGGUGACUAGGAGAUGCUCGUCCCCUCGCUCCUGCCUCCGGGCCGCUCGCGGCCGGUUUGGUUUCGCCUGCCGCAGGCUCCGGCAUCCGCUUCUGAAAUCUUCCUCGAGCCCCAGGCAGCCCGCUCUGUGUAGCCCGCCCCGGGUGGGCUCCAGCUCCUCACCCGCGCUGCUUCCUAGGACUGCAGGGCACGCCACGCCUAUGCUCACCCCGAAGGCUGGGCGGCUGCGGAGCGUCCCCCUUGCCGGGCGCCAGGGCCAGGCAGGAAAGGACGUGCUGCCCCGUCCCUCGGGGCUGGGCAGUGCCAGCCCUUGCCUGGCAAGGGAGGGGGUGAAGCAGGUCCCAGCCCUCGCCCCCUCCCCGUCUCCCGGCACAGCGGUGUUGGCAG